AUGUACGACAGCGAUUCUGUAUCAUCCAGGUUGUCUGGCCACCUCUCCACAGGCUCGGAUAAUUCUAACUACUCAAACUCAUUACUGGUCAAGUUCCGGUUUGGAUGGAGCACUGUUUCUGCUAUAGGAAACCAAAAUGAUAGCUACCAUCCCAACGUUUUGCGGCUAUCAAUUCUUCGCAGCUCCUUUGACCGUGUUGCAAUUGCCUUGUUCCGCCGGCUUCCUAUGGUGAUCCAAUCACUGGCCAAAUCUGUCGUCCCGGGCUAUUUUCUUCCGUCCAGGAUUGUGAUCAAGAAGCUCAAGCCAGGCUGGAAUGAUGAGUUUGAGAAUGAGAAGAGCAUGUAUGAGAGGCUUCUGUGUCUACAGGGGACCCUGAUUCCUAAAUGCUUCGGCGAAACAACAGUACACAACAAUCGCGCCUUGAUCCUCUCUGAAGUUGACGGUGUCGAAGCAUGCAGCCAAAAAUUCCCCUGUCUUGAGCCCCCGGAGUUUCAGCGUCGAAUUGAGGAAGCUUUUGCUGAGUUGGCCCAGUUUGGACUCGCAUAUGGCGACUUGAAGCUGGACAACUUUCUUCUUGUUGGGGACAGGGUUGUUAUUGUGGACUUGGAGUCCGUAUGGGAAGACACGCCAGACGAGAUCGAAUACGCAAACGAGACGCACAUAGAACACCUGAUAAGCAUGUACGAGAGGCAUUUAGACGGGAUGUCUAAUGAUGGAUGA